UGUUGUAACCUUCUUUGCUUCUCAGGAUGGGCAGCCAUUUUGUCAGUACACGGCAAUGCGAAGAAGAGAAAAGAAAAUCUCAAGAGGAGAAAUAGUGAGGGGUAUGAAGCUAGCAUGUGGAACAUGAUGAUCGCAGGGUUUCGUUUGGUUUGGUGCUGCUAUUUUCGCUGUCAGCUGACAUCAUAGGCGAGUGCGCAAAGGUCUUCAAUAUGGUUCUUGAAAGGAUGUGUACGAUAAAUGAGCUCGUCAGAGAAAUCAACCUCAUUAAGAUAGGAUCAUGUCAUCCAGCACUGAAUCAGCAGACAAGAAGGCCACUCCUAAGAAGAAGACUAAGGGGAGCUAUGCAGUAGGGCUUCUAAAUCUAGCUGGGACUGCUACGAGGAGAGCAUGGGAAGAUGGUACUCUCGUUCGAACGCCAAAGGAGCUCCUGACGCAAUACAAUCCUCUCGAGAGCAGCGCAUCGUAUUCUUACACAGCGUUGCCUACAGACACAAGUAUACGGCUCUUAGAAGUCAGUGCUUCCAAUCCGGGAGACCUGAUUCAAUGCAAGCUACAUGUAGUAGAUCUGCAGGACAGACCAAAAUAUAUCGCAUUGUCGUACUCAUGGGAGAGAGAUGGUUCGUGGACAAAAUUCGCCGCUGGCAUUGCCGGAUCCAUAGCAGGCGAUGGGCUACGGCAUAUGGGAAUCAAGCUGCCCAAAUCUGAGGACAAGGACGGUGAUGCUGACGGCGAUAGCAAGAGCAAGCGGGUGAUGUUGUGCGACGGCAAGAGAUUCCUUAUACAGCCGAACUUGCACGAUGCACUUCUGCAGUUUAGACGAACAGCGCCGGGCUAUUAUUGGGUCGACGCAGUUUGCAUGAAUCAGAAUGAUAACGCCGAGAAGACAAAGCAGCUUCGGAUGAUGAGCGAUAUAUACCGUCAAGCCGAAUCAGUCGCCAUUUGGCUAGGGAAGUGCCCGCAAGUGCUCUCCCGAGGAGUCGCUCGCUUUGAGGCAGCGCAAGGCAACAUCGGGCCCAUGGAAGGAGAGGACGAGAAGGCAGGGAGGAUAAAAAUGAUAGGCGACGAUUCCGAGCCGCACGCUUUCCUUGGUGCUGCGUAUCUACUAUCUCGUCGCUGGUUUGGAAGGUUGUGGGUGUUGCAAGAAUUCUGUCUCGCCAGACGUAUGCACAUUCAAUUUGGAGAGCAUCACAUCCGGCCGGAAACCAUCGUUGGCCUGAUCCAGUCCUUCAAAGAUCUGCUUGAGGGGAGGAAGAGUGGCGAUGAAAAGAAUUCGAGCGAACUCGGACUUGCGAACUUAUUUCGUCCCAUUUGGGGAUUGCACAUCAAAUUUGUUCCGCCUCUAUUUGAAUCUCGCGAGCUCUUCCAACAAGGCAUGAAAUGGUCUCUGGAAGAAUGGCUCCAGAUGACUCGCGGGCGAUCAGCCACGGACACCCGAGACUUCACUAACGCGAGCUUUGCUCUCGUACGAGAAUCAUCACUGACUAUAGACCAGAGCAUACAGCUCGAAGAUGCGAUCCCAUCGUCACAAUCCGGGCCAAGGUUAUGGCCCCGCCUACAUGCAACGGCUGAAGCAGACAGAUUUGAAGUAUUCCUUAACUUGGCCGCAUGUCUUCUCACGCAGUCCCAAUCUGCAUUUCUCCUUUCUCUCGGAGCACUAGGCAAUGAUCCAAAUCUGCCGACUUGGAUGCCCGAACCAGGGGGGUCUAUUGCAGGCUUUAUUGAACCGUUCGUGUAUCAGAAGGGGACAGAUUUUGGGGCUUGCGUAACGUCCCUCGCUUCACCUAAGAUUUCUCCUGAUGGGCGGACUCUCUACCUACAAGCUGCUCGUCUGGGAACAGUAGAGCACGUGUUCCAACGGAAGAUGAUCUUCGCUUUCAAUCUUAUUGAUACGGGGGACGAUAUGAUCGCUUUUUUGGAAUUCGCGGCGAAGAUCCCAACGGAAUACGGUCCUUCAAAAGAGAGUGGAUUCGAUGCAUUGGCUCGGACUCUUGUUGUAGAUUCCAUGUUAAACGGCAAUCCUGUCGUUGCACUGACCGAAUAUUUGGAUACGGAGGUCGCGAUGUUUCGCCGCAAGUUGGAUAGGCUGAGCAAACCAAAACCGCAGCCGAGCGGCGUAGAGGGUUACCUUGCUCAGAAGCUUGACGUCCACAGGGGUGAACCCAGCGAGGGAGAAGCAAAGACACUAGCAACCAGGUUGGACGAAGCGUGGGCUAAGCUGAAGUCUUUAUACCCAGAUAAGCCCUGGUCCUCAUUCGAUGCGAAGCCUGGCCAGGAGCGAUCCAGCGACUACCGGAACUUUGUGGACGUCGGGCUGAAAGUCAAUGGCUGGAGGGCUUUAUUUCUUACAAAAGAAGGGCGCCUUGGCCUCGGAGGCUUCUGGAUCAAAAAGGGAGAAGUAGUGAUGUUAGUGGAGAGCGGCUAUGUGCCGUAUGUAUUUGAGCCCGCACCUGUAAAUGCGAAAGAGCAGGUGAAAAAGGCAACAGAAGAAAUGGAAAAUCUUCGCAAGAAACCCCAGCCACUAUCACAGAAGAACGAAAAGGAAUAUAAGAAACUGGAGGAGACGUUGAAUCAUCUGCAGAGCAGGAUGAGCAAGCAAAGUGGUGCGUGGACGCUCAACGGCGAGGCAUAUGUGCACGGUGUCAUGCAUGGAGAAGCUAUGGAUGGAUCUCUGGCUUUUGAGCCGAUCGCUAUAAACUAAGUAGUUGAAUAAUAUACCAAUUCAAUUCGAAGAAGUACGCCAAAUUCCGGUGCCUUUUCCCCCUAUCACCUGAAAUUAUGAGUUCUCCGAAAUACAUAUCGGUAGUAUUAUCGACCAACUCGCAUUUAAACCCAGUAUGCUGUCGAUAAUCUGUUCAAGCGUAUCCAGUCCGAACGGCUUCAUGCCAUCAUAUUGGAGGUCCCUUAUUUGAAGUCCGCAAGGCUCAGCUCGCGUAACAUCUCAAAGUGAAG